UCUUGUUAUUGUCAUUCUUUUUCCCUUUUUUUUUAUCUCUUUGCAAAAAAAAAAAAAACCGUAGAUAAGAGAAUAUGGGUUCGUUGGCAUUCUCCGUCUGCAAUUGCUAUCCAAAAGAUCUAAGAAAACCCAUUUACAGAAAUCUUGUGAAAAGCUCAAAAACGGCAGAAACAAUCUCUGCAGGAGCGGUUGUUGAACCAAAGGGACCGCGUUUAAGCUCUGUCCGUUCAGCUCCGUGUAAGAGAAGAGAAGCGCUCGGUCUCGGUUUCGGCCUCUGCGUCGGCCUUGUAGACUUUGCGUUGAAGCCCGAGGACUCUUCCGCUUCUUCUUCUUCCUCUUCUGAGACAGCUUCAUGUGAGUUCUCAGUGUCUCCUUCAGGACUUGCUUUCUGCGACAAAGCAGUUGGGUAUGGCCCCGAGGCUGUCAAAGGGCAACUGAUUAAGGCACAUUAUGUGGGGAAGCUUGUGAAUGGGAAAGUUUUCGACAGCAGUUAUAACAGAGGGAAGCCAUUGACGUUCCGCAUAGGUGUGGGCGAGGUGAUCAAAGGCUGGGACCAAGGCAUCCUCGGCGGUGAUGGAAUCCCUCCUAUGCUCGCUGGUGGGAAGCGAACGUUGAAGAUUCCUCCAGAACUCGCCUAUGGCGACAGAGGCGCCGGUUGCAAAGGAGGCUCCUGCAUCAUUCCUCCUGCUUCAGUGCUUCUCUUUGACGUCGAGUUCAUAGGAAAGGCUUGAGAGCUCCUUAUACGGGAGAGUGGACCAUGAUCAUCAUUAACCACAUACUCAUGUAAAAACCCAUCAUCAUCAUCAUCAUAUCAUAUAUAUGUCUUUGAUGCUUUGGUUUAUUAUUAUUAUUAUUAUUAUUAUUAUUAUUAUUAUUAUUAUUGUAACAAUGUAAGUGGAAUCCAAUUCGUUAUUGUUCUUUCUUAUAGUUAUAGUGGAUGGAAUGUAUAAUUUCAGGGUCUUGUUGCUCCA